AUGGCAUCCAACUCAGCUCCGUCCAGCUGGCAAAACCUCGUCGCGCAAAAGCAACGCGAGUGCCAGCAGAAGAUCCCCCGCGAAUGGGUCCUGAGCGGGGACCUACUCACCGAUCUACCCGCACGAUUGUUGGAGUACGACGUACCGCGUCGCAGUGGUCUUCUUUCUGACAGCGAAUUGGAUAUUACGCAGAAUUACACCGCCAGUCAAUUAUUGGUUAGAUUGGCAUCUGGCCGCGUUAGUUCUUUGGAUGUUACUACUGCGUUUUGUAAGAGGGCUGCUAUUGCGCAGCAGGUUCUAUCUUGUCUGACAGAGACCUUCUUCCCCGAGGCUCUUCAGCGCGCCAAGUAUCUGGAUGAAUAUCUUCAACGAGAAGGGAAACCAUUUGGACCUCUCCAUGGUCUACCGAUCAGUCUGAAAGAUAGUUUCUGUGUCGAGGGCACACAGGCAACAGUCGGAUAUGUCGCCCUUCUGAAAGUAGAACCAUGCAAGACGAAUUCCGCUCUCGUGAAGAUGCUCUUGAAGCUUGGAGCAGUACUAUACGUCAAGACAAACAUCCCACAGACAAUGAUGACUGCAGACUCAGAAAACAACAUCUUCGGCCGAACCCUAAACCCCCAAAAAAAAAUUCUUACAGCUGGCGGCUCCAGCGGCGGCGAAGGCGCCCUCAUCUCAUUCCGCGGAUCAAUCCUAGGUGUGGGGACCGACAUUGCAGGCUCAAUCCGUAUUCCGGCACUAUGCUGCGGUGUUUAUGGUUUCAAGCCAACAGCCAACCGCAUCCCCUUCGGCGGACAGGUAUCCGGUGCAAUUGAGGGCAUGCCGGGACUGAUCCCCGCUGCUGGGCCAUUGGCACAUAGUAUUGCUGAUUUGAAGUUGCUGAUGAGUACUGUUGUUGGGGAUGGACAUGCUUGGGAGUAUGAUUCCAGUGCUGUUAGUGUACCUUGGCAUGGUAUCCCGCGUGGUAUUAAUGAUCCUGCUAAUGGGGUUUUGACAAUUGGUGUCCUUGGCGAGGAUGAACAUUUCCCGCUUCAUCCGCCUGUAAAGCGAGCUUUGGAUUCUGCAGUUGAGGCGUUGACUCGGGCUGGGCAUCGGAUUGUUCAUCUUGAUUCUGGUGGUGACGAAGCGUUGAGUGUGUCUUAUGCUUCGCGUCUUGCAUUCCAGUAUUUCAUCUACGGACCGCAUAAAGAUCUCGUUGCUGAGGCUGGUGAGCCUCUUGUGACAUCCGUGGCUAAAGGUGUUGCGCCUAUGUUCUCGGGUCCUUUCCCUGUUCAGCAUGGACUGGAGCCGUUUGAUACGAUUCAGGCAUUACAUGAGGCCAGGGCUCGUGUCUAUGAUGCUUGGCGGCAGAUUUGGGUUGAUCUGAAGCUUGAUGUUAUUUUGGCUCCUGGGGCUCAGAAUACUGCUGUUGGGUUUGAUACUUAUGGGUGGCCACCUUAUACUGUUCUUUGGAACUUGUUGGAUUAUCCUGCAUGCAUAAUCCCAUACGGGAAAGCAUCCAAAGAACUUGAUCCGGAGCCGAUGAAUACAUCAGAUGAUGUCCAGCCCAAUUAUAUUCCCGAUGAAGUCGAUGGCGCACCUUGUGCUAUCCAAAUUAUCACGCCCCAAUUCCAGGAUGAGAAGUGUCUCUGGGCAGCUGAUAUCAUUGACAAAGCGUUAGACAUGUACGGCAAGCAAUAG